UGAGAAUUCCUCAUCAAAGUUAUUCCAAAGAGAAAUCUUUUACAAAAAGAAGAUCAAAUUUUAUUGUUGAAUGGCAAUAAUGGCCAAAAUGUUUUCUACAUUCACUACAUGCAAACUUCCAUCUAUUCAUAGAUCUCAUGCAUCAUCUUCAUUUCGCAUGUGUUAUCACACCACAACUACUACAAGAAGAUCUGCCAAUUAUGGGCCUCCCACCUGGGAUUACUCUUACAUUCAAUCACUCAACACCACUCAUUAUGCUGCUGAGGGCUUUGUUAUGCGACGCGACGAGUUGAAGGAGAGAGUGAAGGAUAUGCUGAAGAAUGAAGAGAUGAGAGAAGUGGAGAAAAUGGAGAUGAUUGAUGAGCUGAAGAGGCUUGGUUGUUCUUACCAUUUUGAGGAAGAAAUCAUGGAAGCUUUGAUGGAUAUCUAUAUGAAGAAGAAGAAGAGUAGUAACAAUUACAAGGCAACAGAAGAGAAGGACCUGUAUGCCACAGCUCUUGAGUUUAGAGUUCUCAGACAAAAUGGCUUUAAUAUUUCUCAAGAUGUAUUUGAUGGAUUCAUGGAUGGAAAGAGGUGUGGUUUUAAUGCCAGUCUAUCUGAAGACACAAAGGGAUUAUUGAACUUGUAUGAAUCAUCUUUUCUGUCAAUGGAAGGUGAAACAAAUUUGGAGUUGGCUAGAGAUUUCUCUGCCAAGCAUCUCAAACAUGAACUAAAGAUGCCAUUACAUUGGAGGAUGCCGAGGUUAGAGGCCAGAAGUUUCAUUGAAUCAUACGACAAAGGAAAAACAACCUCGAAUAAUGCCAUCCUUUUGGAGUUGGCUAAGCUAGACUUCAACAUUGUUCAAGCUGUGCAUUUGGAGGACUUAAAAUCCGUAUCAAGGUGGUGGAAGAAGUCGUAUAUUGCAGAAAGGUUAACAUUUGCGAGGGAUAGAGUGGUGGAGAACUUUUUGUGGACAAUAGGAUUGACCCCCAACCCUAAGUAUGUAAACUGCAGAAUAAUGGGGGCAAAGCUCUACAGUUUCAUUUGCGCAGUUGAUGAUAUAUAUGAUAUUUAUGGUACUUUGGAUGAAUUGCAGCUCUUCACUGAUACCAUUGAAAGAUGGGAUGAUGUAACAAAAGUAGAACAUCUCCCGGACUACAUGAGGUUUUGCUAUUUGGCACUCAACAACUUCGUCAAUGAAAUUGCAUACGAUAUGCUUAAAGAACAUGGCGUCUUUAUCUUGCAUCAUCUCAGAAAAAUGUGGGCGGAUCUAUGCAAAGCAUACUUACAAGAGGCAAAGUGGUACGCAAGUGGAUACACCCCAACCUUUGAAGAAUACAUAGAAAAUGCAUGGAUUACAAUAAGCUGUCCUCUAAUAUUAGCCCAUGUUUUUUUCUAUGUCAACAACCUUGCCGAGGAUGCUGCUGUCCUUGAUUGCUUGACAGAUUAUCCUGAAAUAAUCCGUCUCUCAUCUAUCAUUCUUCGUCUUGCAAAUGAUAAAGGAACCUCACCUUUUGAGAUGAAAAGAGGUGAUGUCCCAAAAGCAAUACAAUGCUAUAUGGAUGAGGCUAAAGUUUCUGCCAACGAGGCUCGUGAUUUCAUUGAUUUGGAGAUGAAUGAGUUAUGGAAGAAAAUGAAUAAAGUUGGAAUUGAAGGUGGUAGCCCUUUCUCCGGAACAUUCAUUGAAGUUGCGAUGAACAUUGCCAGAAUGGCUCAGUGCAUGUAUCAACAUGGAGAUGGGCAUGGCAUCAAUAAUUUUGAGACUCAGACUCGUAUCCAAACUCUACUCUUUGAGCCUAUUCCCUUAAUUAAUAAUAUAAUAUAGCCAUGAAAAUGUGGCUUCUUUGUGGUAGUCAGUUUUGUACAUAGCAGCUAGUGCACAAAUAAAGUAGAUUAGGAGCAUCUUAUUUGGGAUGGUCACUUUUGGGCCAUCUCUGUAGAACUUGAGUUUUAUUCUAUGCAUUUCAUUUUUUUUUUAAAUAUAAUAUAAUAAGAGUGAGUCUCUUGUAUGUGAGACCGUUGGAUUAAGAUAAAAUGUAAUACGUAU